GGCUUUGCCACAGGCCCCAAACUGUCGCCGAUGCUUCUGCCACCACCUUUGAGCUCACUUGCAGAUUGUUGGGCUCAUUUCUUCGCCACAGGCCCGCGGACACCUUGGCCUCUUGCCCCAUCGCCAGUGGCAUGUCUAUUUAAACCCGGAUUGCUGCCGCUCCUCGGCCGGCCCUCACAGCGAUCCAUCACUUCCAAGACAGGCUCUUGGAAGGAUCAACUGUCCCGGCGCCAACCAGUCGCACCCGCAACGGUCCACCGGACCAAGACCCGUCUUGAUACUAUCGACACAUCUGGUCUCGUUCUCAUCCAGGAACUGCUGUAUCGACCACCUCCCGUUGUAUCGAUCGUGUCUUGGGCUCUUGUCUUCUGCUCUCUUCUCUUCUCAACACACGCACUGGCCUACUGCACGCGCACCAGCUUGCUGCACACACUUUGGCCAUGACCAACUCUGAAGAAUCGUUCAUCGUCUCGGCUGUCCCCGCCAGCUCGGCUGCAAAAAUCGCCUUCCGUCACUAUCUCGAGUUCCAGCGUAACCCUGUUCCAGGCGUCUCGAUCCACCAGAUCAGCUCCCGGGUCUUCCACGUCAACACCCGCCUCCUCGAUGGUCCCUAUGAAGGAAUCUGUGUCCACUGGGAACUCUCGAUCCCGAACGACUACCCAUACGCUCCUCCGAUGGGAGCCAUGACCAAAUCCUACAGAUUCAACACCACCCACCAUCACCAUGUGUACGACGGAAUUGGCAUUUGCGCCGACUGGUUCGGCAAUUUCAGCUACAUGAGCCAGUCUGCUGGUGUUGGCUGUGGCUGGACGCCGUCGUGCGACUUUGUCGGGCUCAUGAUCAAUACCCAGGUCUUCCUCGCCGAUCCCGAUGGCGUGGUUCUCUCGGCCAGGGACGUUCAGAAGCUCCGCAACAUGGACCAGGCAUUCGAAUGCUCAUCCUGUCCUCACAAGACAGCGGCUCCGCAUCCGCCUCUCGCCGUGUUUGAUCCCGAGGCCCUCCAGGGUCGCCGACAGCGCGAGCUCACCAGAGACGAGAAGAUCACCGAACGCGCCCGCAACGAGCUGAUGUGCUCGGUCUCGAAGCUCAAUUUUGUCGACGAAGAGGAGAUGUGCCUCGGCUAUCCUAUCAACCUGUCGAUCGACCGAUUCAAGCGGCCGCACAGCGAGCUGUAUCCCGAGCCGGUCUCGUAUACAGCGUAUCGCCAGGCCCUCAAGACGGCACAGGAAGCUGCACGGGUGGCUGCAGCCUCGUGGUGGGGAUGUGGCUGCUCGAUAUGCUCCGCUUCCCGGCCCAAGAAUGCCGACCAAGACAACACGGACUCGCCACCGGUGACGAUCCGCAGCUCAACAGGAAAGACGUAUACGCACUGGAUGCCCAUGUAUCUCAGUGAGGAUCACUUCCAAAAGAACGUGGCGGUUAUCAAGCAAACGAUUGCCUCGAUGGCUCAGGGACAACAGACGCUGCCGGCACGCUUUGUCUUCCGUCCUCAGUGGAUCGUCAAGGUCAUUCCGGCACUGAUGAACCAGCAAGUUGUGGCCAUCAUGAAGGGAAAUGUCCACGAGUCCGAGGUGGCAAUCGUGGCCUACGCCAACCUGCUGCGGCUGCUGGUGCGGUUCCUCAAGGAGUACCCCGGUCUCCAGGCUAUCAUCAACAGAGAAGUCAAGGACUUUCUUGAGGUUCCCUCGAACCGCACCAAGAAGGCGUGCGGCGACCUCGGCGAGUUCUUCAUCAAGCUGAUGCUUGCCGAGCGGGACGGCAGCGACCCUCGUCUGUCAUACUCGCAGCCAAAGAUGAAGGCGGCCCUGGAGAUGGAGCGAUUCGCACGCCAGAUGAUGUGGGUCCGCCGCGAAAACGCCAGCCUCCUCGACUUUGACAACUCGAUGCAUGUCCGCGAACGCCUGCGCCGGGUUUUCGAGUCAACGCUGGUGUCGAAUCGGCUGUUUGUCUUUGUGCUGGAGAUGUCUCGGCUGUUUAUGGUUCCCGAGUUUGAGAGCGGAAUGGACCGCAACCUGGGUCUGCCUCCGGCCGCGAUCCUGUCGUCGUUCCAGACCCGGAUCAAGGUGAUCAAGUCGACACUCACAAACUACUCGGUGCUGAUGAAGGUGAUUGGCUACUUUGAUCGCAUCAACUCGGACAAGAAGAUGCUCUGGCUCCUCAAGACAGCCUCGGAGACGUCGUACACCCAGGGCUACGAGCGGCGGCCGUUCACAUACCGCCACUGAAAGACCGGCACGGUGCAUGUCUCGGAGGUGGAUUGGCUGUGCUCGCAGUGGUUGUCUUUGGAUGGUUGUCCCUGAGUGAUUGUCCCUGAGUGAUUGUCCUUGAGCAGUUGUUCUUGGGUGGUUGUUCUUGGGUGGUUGUUCUUGGGUGGUUGUUCUUGGAUGAUGGCGUGUGCUGGCCUGUCCUGUCUGCUUGGCAACUCUCAUAUGUUGCUGUUGUCGUUGUUGCUGGCAUCGUUGUUGGUGCUGUUGUCGUUCGCGAUUGCCACUCAUGGUGGCUUGACAUGCUUGGUGCGGUAUCGGUGCUGUCUUUCGAAAUAGAUUCGCUUCCCAAUUCCCUAUUCGCAAUUCGCAAUUCCCAAUUCGCAUUCUGUAACAGCACUGCUCCUGCUCUCGUCAUUGUCCCCAGUCGCUGCGCUCUUCACCGUCGUCA